GUGAUUAGAAAUGGCUGUUCAAAAAAUCACUUGGGAAGAAGUUGGUGCUACAUCAUCCAAUGCUUUGUUAUCUCCAGCUUACAAAUCCAAUGGCCAUGUUUUUGCCUCUGGUCAUGUUGGUGCUGACGACAAUAAUGAAUUUCCACCUGAUGUUACAGAGCAAACUCAUUUGGCUAUUAAAAGCUUAGAAAAAACUCUUAUUGCAGCCGGUUCUAAUUUAUCAAAGGUUUUAAAGGUUUUAUUAUUUGUUGCAAAUCCUAAAGGUGCUGCUGCUGUUAACAAAGUUUAUGCUCAAUAUUUUACUACUCAACCAGCAAGAAGUUGUGUUGUGGUUGGCUUUCCAAAUAAUCAAAUUUUAGUUGAAUUAGAAUGUGUUGCCGAAUAUGAUGAUCUUGAUAAACUUGCCAAAUUAUGAUUGUUUUUAUUUAUAUAACUAAAAAUAUGGUGAUUAUUAAAUAUGCAAUUAUACUAUAUCCUAAAUAUACAAAUUAUUAUCAAGAUGAUAAUUAAAAAAAUAAAUAUAAAAAAAACAACUAAACUAAUGAAAAAAAAUAAGAGAAACAUUUUA